CAGCUGGCUCGUGGGUCUGUGAAUAGCUUCAAUGCGGGACCUUGACUGUGUUAGGCUUCGCCGCGCCGGUUAUUCCUUUUCCAUUGCGGAGGCUAUUAAAUUUUCUACUAGCCUUCUUUCUCUUCUCUCUGUUCUUCUUCUUCUUCUUUACCUCCUUCCUCCCUCCCCCCUCCUCUGCGUGUUUGCUAAAUCUUUGCCCAUUGUCGAGUCUAAGCCUUCUGUUGUCUCAUAUCCAUAUCACAACCCCUUAUCAAGCGGACCACCCGGCGCGAACGCUCUAUUAGGCAUGCAAUGGCACCACUACUAGCCAUUCCGAUAGUCCCCACAGCUUCCCUCAACAGUUCCCAGGAUGUGGCUGCCCCACCAGAGGCACCGCUAACAGUCCUCUGCUCAACCCGCGUCAUUCUCCCAGGUGUGGAGACACCCGCAAGCAUACUCAUUUCUCCCACCACUGGGAAGAUCGUAGAUAUAAUCCGCUCCAUCCCUGGCCCUUCCGCAUUUCCACCGGAUACAAUCUAUCAUGACUACUCCCCCAAGGUGAUAAUGCCGGGUCUCGUGGACGCACACGUCCACCUGAACGAACCCGGCAGGACCGAGUGGGAGGGAUUUGAGACGGGAACGAGGGCUGCAGCGUUUGGCGGUGUUACCACUGUUAUCGAUAUGCCGCUGAACGCUAUCCCACCAACUACUACCGUCGAAAAUCUUGAGCUUAAGAUCAAGGCCGCUGAGGGGCAGUGUUGGGUCGAUGUUGGGUUCUAUGGUGGAAUCAUCCCUGGUAAUGAGGAGGACCUUGUGCCGUUGAUUGAGGCGGGCGUGAAGGGAUUCAAGUGCUUCUUGAUCGAGAGUGGGGUGAGUCUGGUUUUCGGUUCGGCUCGCUCUUGGGAAUUUGGUUAACGAUGGGCGGGUGAAUAGGUUGAAGAGUUUCCGGCCGUUAACACAAAAGACCUGGCCAAGGCCAUGGAGAAACUGAACGUGAGUGCUAACGCUAGAGAGCUGAUUGUUGGGAUGGAUAUUAACUGUUACAGGACUCUCCAACAAUCCUCAUGUUCCAUGCCGAGAUGCUUCCCCCACUCUCAAUGUCCGUCGGAGACCACGUUCUUCAUGGCGAUCCUCCUCUUGCGCCCGCUGGACCUCUAGACGCCUAUAGCACAUUCCUGGCAUCCCGCCCUCCGGCGUUCGAGACCUAUGCCAUUGAAGAUAUUAUUUCUCUUGCGGGUACAGCGCCAUCACUACAGCUCCAUAUCGUCCAUCUUUCCGCUAAGGAAGGAAUCCCAAUUGUUCGUGCGGCUCAGGAGGCGGGUGUCAAGAUUUCAGCUGAGACAUGCUUUCAUUAUCUCACACUUGCGGCUGAAGAUGUUGAGAAUGGUGAUACUCGCUAUAAAUGCUGUCCUCCAAUUCGCGAGGGCUCUAACCGUGACGACCUCUGGGACGCUCUCAAGGAAGGUUUGAUCGAGACGGUCGUCAGCGAUCAUUCUCCUUGCACUGCCGGCUUAAAGGCGCUAAGCGCAGACGGCGGAGAUGGCGACUUCUUCAAAGCCUGGGGCGGCAUCUCCACUGUUGGUUUGGGACUCAGCGUUCUCUGGACCGAGGGUUGUAAGAGAGGUGUUUCGCUUGAGGAAAUUGGGCUGUGGACUAGCUACAAGACAGCGAAGCAAGUCGGACUCCUCGGCCGGAAGGGCUGCCUUGAAACCGGAUGGGAUGCCGAUAUCCUUGUGUUUGAUCCUGAAGCCAAGUUCACUGUUUGUUUUCCUGUCUAUUGGUUAGCAUUGGGUGAAUUGAUGCUGACCGCGGUAGGUAACCUCGUCCGAUAUUCACUUCAAAAAUAAGGUCACCCCGUACGAAAAUAAGACCCUUACCGGUAAAGUCUGCGAAACUUGGCUGAGGGGCCGUCAGAUCUAUUCUGUCGAUGGUGGCUUCGAUGAGAAGAUUGGGGCGAGUGGUGUCUUGUUACUGGAGCCGAGAACCCACUCUGAUUGGGCGUUGUGAUUUUCAUUUGCUUCAUCCGCUCCUCAGCAUUGUGUAUACCACUGGGUUUCCGUUUUAUUUCAUUUUCAGCGGGUGUUGAUCAGAUGAUUGGUUUCUCGGUCGUAGAUUAAUUGUUGGUUAAUGGGAUGGCAUUAUUGAAUACUGGCAUUCCGUCUGCGUACCCCGUGAGGCCAUGGGUUGGUGAGGCUGUAGGCGGUGAUGUAUUACUAGUAGAAUAUGUGAGUACCGCAAGUAUCGGUAUUGUGAGGAUCAGGAUGGCAAGUUUAUUGGGUACGAUGCAUAAAGGACUGUGAGUUGCGAGGUCAAGUUUUUCUACCAUAUUACUCGGUAGUGCCCGGAGAAUUGGGGAUACAGGUGGACUACCGGUAUGCCUUGCCGAGCCAUUUCCUCUUCUGGAAUGGGUCGGUUGGCACUGGGGGGGUUUUUCCCCCGUCGAUUACUGCUUUGGUCAUGCUGGUGUGGUGGCCAGCAGUGACUGAGUUGGGCAAUUGUAUUGUGCGGUGGGUUCGUGGAACACGCGAAUGCCCUGACACCAAGGUGGGUAGGGUAUUUCGUAAUCAGUGCCAAUGGCUAUGUCCGGGUUAUUUAAUUGUGAUGUGGGUGGGUAACCUGCGCUGGCUUUCAGCAAAUCAACUGCUCAACCAACACUUUUUCCUCUCUAGUUUGUUCCGGGUCUUGGCGUCCGGGUAGCAGUCCUUCACCCCUAUUACCCUCCUGUCGCCUCCGUCUGCUUUCCUCAUUCCACUCACCACCACCAAAUAUCGUGGGUUACCCGGUUCGUCUGUAUCAUCGGAAU